CACGUGCCUCUCAGUUUUGACAAUGGCUCGUUUGUGCUCCCGUUUGAUCUGUACUGUGACGCUUUUCAGCGUACUGUCUGUGACACUGAAUGUCUCGGAUGCCAAGCCUCUAUCACUGACGCGCAGCAAGAGACAAUCUGAUUGCAACAAUACGUACAGCCAAUGUGAAUGCGGCGUGCAAUAUCGAGCUGUGUUGGACAAAGUGGGAACGUCGACGGUAACAUCACGAGUGGAAUACAAAUUGUGUCGAAUGACAUGUCCGUCAGGAGAGCAACAGCCUCUACCUCGGCUGACGAAAUUAACGGCGUCAGCAUCAUCUUACCAAUUGCAAUGCAGUUGUAAGGCUGGAUUUCAGUAUCAUCAACGAACAGGAUGUUGUCGAAAUGCGUGUCACAAUCUUAACUGCAAGUCUUAUCAGAAAUGUUCAGUGCGUUUGAGUGCUGUCUACUGCGAGGACACCUGUACUGGAUAUCCUAAUUGUGGACAGGGACAGGAGUGUUACUUGAGGGCAGGCACUACGUGUCACUAUGUCGGAGGAGUAACAGUGUGUCCACAAAUUGCAGCCUGCAGAUAUACAGAUCCUUGUUUUCAGUGUAAAUCUUAUCAACGGUGUAUUCGUGGACUUCGUAAUGUAAUUUGUGAAGAUACCUGUGAGGGAUAUCCUGGAUGCAAGAAAGGCGAGGAAUGCUACUUGUAUCGACCUUCAUUUUGCUACUUUGGAUCCUGUCAAAACAUUGCUGCAUGUAGACGUAUAGAUCCUUGUGCCACUGUGCAAUGCACUUAUUAUCAAUCAUGCCAUGUUCAUAAUGGAACUGGAUACUGUCGUGAUUCGUGCUUUAGGAAUGGUCCGUGCCACAGCAAUCGGCAAUGCCAACUAGUCGAUCAAAACUGUAAUGGCCGACUACCAUGUCCAAAAAGAGCAGUGUGUGGAAAGCCAGCGUGUGCAGGUUACACAUACACUCUUCGAACAAACAGGAGACAGAGCAUUGUUAAUUAUCCUCAAAGGCGAAUUACAUCUUGUGGACAAUUUGAAGGCUCAUUUACCUUAAUUGCAACGAAUGGUCUCUGUAUUAAAGUCACAGCAGAUUUGGGAUCUAGAGACACAAAGAGUGGAGAGCUGAUUCGAGUGCAUGAUGGUGACAUCAACAGCCGACAGCUUUUUCAAGGGUCAAGUCUACGAGGAGUAAAUGUUGUGUCAUCAAGUUAUAUCAUAACAGUUGUGUUUAAAAGUCCUGAUAUUGAGCUAUCAAAUGGAUUGGGUCUUCGCAUUGAAUUGCAAGGACAAUGCAAUUAUGUAUCGUACUCGCAAUUAGUCACAACACCAAGGGCUCAAACAUCAGUCUUGACGGCAACUUCACCUCCAAUAACUGAAGGGGCCACUGCUUGUUUGGAUGCUUGUCCCACACCGAGAAUUGGCUGUGUACUGUAUAGGCUAAAUGAGGGUGACUGCUGUCCGACUGGGGAAGUUUGUUUCGUCUAGCACAACCAGCUCAAUAAUGACGAUUGGAUUAUACUUGAUCGAGCUGGAUGGAAACUCAGAAGAAACGCAAGUAGUGUGUACUGAUCUUUUAGUUUUAUCAUUGAUAUCCUAGAGCUCAACUACCUACAGUGCAGUUGUAAGCUGUUCUGCACACAUGGAGACUCUAGCUAGAGUUGUUUUGUUCAUUGUAGUCUGUACUGCAGUGACUAACGCAUCUUAUUACAGAAAUAGGACGAGAGCAAACAUUUUCUAGAGGCCUAUAA